AUGCCUAGUUGCUUUAAAGAUGUAUACCCUAAUACUCGUGUAAUUAUAGACUGUACAGAAAUAUUUACUGUGAUGCCAACUAGCUAUCGCACUCAAUCAGCAAUGUUCUCAAAAUAUAAACAUCAUCACACAGCAAAGGGUUUGAUUGGUAUUGCACCGAGUGGUGCCAUUACAUUUGUUUUUGAUUUAUAUGCAGGAAGAUCAAGCGAUAAACAGAUAACAAAUCACUAUGGCAUACUAAAAUUAUUAGAAAAAGGUGAUAGCCUGAUGGCAGAUAGAGGUUUCGAUAUCGUAAAUGACUUACCAAAAGGAAUAAGUCUCAACAUACCACCAUUUCUUGAAGGCGAUUUUCAACUUACUUUGGAAAAAGAAUUAGAAACAAGAAGAAUCGCAUCUGAAUCAAAAACUACAAAAUAUUACAAAACACAUUUCCACUUACAAUGGCUGCUGACAUGAACAAAAUAUGGGUCAUAGUUUGUUAUUUAGUUACUUUUCUACCACCUCUAAUAAAAACUGAUAGCAAAUAAUGUAACCAGACAAAAAAAGAAACAUUUUAUAAAUAUUAUGUAAAUGUUUAUUUUACUUUA